UAACGCGUCAUCAAGACGGACUGUGGCGCGCGCCUGCAUCCGCUUACUUCGCUUUCUUUGUGCUCGGUUUCUUCUCUUUUUUUUUGCGUUGCGGCAAUGGCGGCGGCCGCGGUGCCCGUGAAGAAGCGUCUCCUGAAGGACGAAGACAUGACCAAAGUGGAGUUUGAAACGAGCGAGGAGGUGGACGUGACGCCCACGUUCGACACGAUGGGGCUGCGCGAGGACCUGCUGCGUGGGAUUUACGCGUACGGCUUUGAGAAACCAUCUGCAAUUCAGCAAAGAGCCAUUAAACAGAUCAUCAAGGGCAGAGAUGUGAUCGCACAGUCUCAGUCUGGCACAGGGAAGACUGCCACCUUCUGUGUCUCAGUGCUCCAGUGCUUGGACAUCCAGGUUCGAGAAACCCAAGCACUUAUUUUGGCACCAACAAGAGAACUGGCCGUGCAAAUUCAAAAGGUUCUUCUCGCUUUGGGUGACUUCAUGAAUGUCCAGUGCCAUGCCUGCAUUGGAGGGACAAAUGUAGGAGAGGAUAUCAGGAAGCUGGAUUAUGGUCAGCACGUUGUGGCCGGUACGCCAGGCCGUGUGUUUGACAUGAUCCGUAGGCGGAGUCUGAGGACCCGGGCUAUCAAGAUGCUUGUCCUGGAUGAGGCAGAUGAAAUGUUGAACAAAGGUUUUAAGGAGCAGAUCUACGAUGUGUACAGGUACCUGCCUCCUGCUACACAGGUGGUUCUCAUCAGCGCUACCCUGCCCCACGAGAUCCUGGAGAUGACCAACAAGUUCAUGACAGACCCUAUCCGCAUCCUGGUGAAACGUGACGAGUUGACGCUGGAGGGCAUCAAACAGUUCUUUGUUGCUGUGGAGAGGGAGGAAUGGAAGUUCGACACACUGUGUGACCUGUACGACACACUCACCAUCACACAGGCUGUCAUCUUCUGUAACACCAAGAGGAAGGUGGAUUGGCUGACUGAGAAGAUGAGGGAGGCCAACUUCACUGUGUCCUCCAUGCAUGGAGACAUGCCCCAGAAGGAGAGGGAGUCCAUCAUGAAGGAGUUCAGAUCUGGAGCCAGCCGCGUGCUCAUCUCCACAGAUGUGUGGGCCAGAGGCCUGGAUGUUCCACAGGUGUCCCUCAUCAUCAACUAUGACCUGCCCAAUAACCGAGAGCUGUACAUUCACAGAAUUGGCCGGUCCGGUCGGUAUGGCCGCAAGGGUGUUGCCAUCAACUUUGUAAAAAACGAUGACAUCCGCAUCCUUCGUGACAUUGAACAAUACUACUCAACACAAAUUGAUGAAAUGCCGAUGAAUGUGGCUGACCUCAUCUAACGGAAGGUGCUAGAAGACAUCUGGCUUCUGACUUCCCUUCUGUAUUCUCUGUAGUUGGAAGUGAUGCCUUUUGGCAGGAAUAACUUCAUUUUUAGUUUGCAUAAGUUCUGGAAGUUGUGAAAUUUUUAUCUUGUCUUGUGGAAUCUAGAUUUUUCUGUUUCUAAUUUGUAUAUAAACUGUUUACUGUUUAUAUCUAUUGUCAAUAAAAAAAGCUUUGUCCUCUACUAAAAUGUUUUGUUUGGCACAAUAGGUAUCUGCAGUAUGUAAAUAAAUUUGAUG